UUGAUUACUGUUUCGGGUGAUGCUCGAAUUCCAAACCUACUCUUCUCCCCAGUCUGAAUGGGAAGGUGAGUUGUGCCUCAACUGCGAAAGAGUAACGAUCCGAGUCACUAGCAGCGGCUUCGGAAUGAAGUGCUCGGGUAUCCAUCCCGCAGGGCGCAGGAACAUUAAGAUAACAUAGUCCGCUUUAAAACCAAGACACCAGAGUUGCAGCUGGCCACAUUUUCCAGGCAGAGGGCGGGAUCCGCUCAAUGCAGCGUCUCCAGUCUCCCAGAGCAACAAAACUUGCGGAAGUUGACUGCUCGGUUCCUCUGUGACUAUCUUCAUCUUCCCCAACUACAAAUGUCUACACAUAAAAAAAGCACCCUUCCUUCUAUCUUGGAUGCAUACCUUCCACCUCAGCACAAGAAACAGUGUGACAGAGGUCAAAAGAACAGGCAGCAAAAGACUGGAGAGCCAGGCAAGCAUAGAAAACUCACUCCAUUGAAUGAGGAUGAAGAGGAUCGGAAAAUGAAAACAAGGAAGGCCUGCCAGGAACAGCGCCAUCUGGAGGUUUACAAGAACAUGUACAAGUUGUGGAAUGCCAUGCGUUUGCAAUAUAUGGAUCUACUGAGCAAGAAGGUUCAACGACAACGCCAUGAAAUCAAAGAGCGAGAUCUUCAGUUCCAGCGUAACAUUGAGGAGCAGGAGAAGAAACAGAAUACAACAAGACGGUUAUUUGGUCAGCAGUCAGAAUGCUCCCAGCUCGGUCAUGAAAUCAAAUAUCCCCAGUCCAUUCCAAAGUCACAUUUUUACAUGAUUGUAGAACUGCAAGACCAACUGGCUAAGAGUGGGAUUUUGAAAAACCAAGGAGAUUAUGAAGAAUUUUGGCGCCUGUUAAAACAGACUUCUUGUGCUAUGCAGUUUGAAACAAAACUCCAGGACGUAAAGUUAAAAAUGAUUAAGUCAUUACCACGUUUCAACAAAAGACCUGUGCAAGAUCCAGCAAGAAGUCCAUGUGUUGCCAGAAAGAGAAAUAACUAUCUCACAAAAGGCGGGCUUCCAGGAUUAUCAACCUUCCAACACAUAAACCAUCUCGUGAGCAAACAAAGGAAAGUGCAGGAAGAAACUGAGCAAAUGUUUCCCAAGGUUAUGGUUCCUCAUCCCUCUGCUUUCCAAAUGUUUUCAACAAAGCAAAGCAACACCCAGACUGUGAUAAAUUCCAGACCUAAAUCAGGAAUACCUGGAAUGAAAAGCCUUAAAAAGAUGCAACAGAAACCUCAUCACAGACAGCAGUAUCUUGACAAGCUGUAUCAGAUGUACAGGCGCUCCUUUGCCAAUAUGGCAGAAGCCCAAAGACUGCUUGAGAGAAGUGGCCACUUCAUGGAGUUUGAAGAGCCCAGCAUCCAAGAUUUUAUGUUUUGUCAAGAGAUUGAUACAACUGAAAGGGUUACCCAAAGCCAAAGGACAAGUAUUGGCGUUUUCCCAGCUCUCAAUGCUGCAUACCUCUGUGAGGAAUCAAACUCAAGAAGUCUCAAAGAGUUUGAAAAACAGGAUGAAACUUCUGGAGGAAUAAAUAUGGAAGCUGUAAGCCAAAAACUCAAUGAGCAAAGCUGGAAUCAGGCUCCUCCAGACCCUGUGAAUGUUUAUGUGCCUUUGACUAUUGAAGAAAUUCUCCAGAACAACUAUAUUGUGGAAGCCAAACGUCCCAGCAGCCUUUGGAUAAACUAUACAAACACAGGAAUGAGAGAAGCCAAGGGGUUGGAACAGACCCUCAGCACAGAAUAUAGCUUGAACACAACACCAACUAUUUUGGUAACCAAAGGAGGUGGCAAAGGAUUCAACUAGAUACUUUAUAAAUCAUGCAUUGUGUUCACUUAAUUGAGGGAUAUGACUGAUGUCAAAUCUACUUUAUUCUAGUAUCAGGUAAUAGCUCAAAUUUAUUGCU